GGCUGCGAACAUGUUUACGGAUGACAGAGAGAUAUUUAGGAAGGAUCCCGUUGCGGAACAGUACGAUGCGCAAAUUGAGAAGCUCGGCAUAAGAGAUUUAUUCUCAGCGGAGCUGAAGUUCUUGGACCUGUCUGGGCGAACCAUGGAUGACGAUCUGAAGCUAAUUAUUGACACGAUACAAGAUUCGCUGCUACCUCGGUUGAACGCGCUUAUGCUCAACGACAAUGGCUUACGAUCACUCCCAGAGGCGGUACUGAAAAAAUCAAGUGUCAGCAUACUAUAUGCGGCACAGAAUGAGCUGGUUUCUCUGGCAGGAGUGGGCGCCCUCAAGAGUCUGAAGUUCUUGACGGUGGAUAAUAACCAGAUCGCAGCUAUACCAGCCAGUAUCUCCAAAUGCAAAAAUCUGAAGAGUCUGUAUGCACAAGAUAACAAUAUCAGCGAAUUGCCACCAGAGAUUGAGUGCUUGUCGAAUCUAGAGGCUUUGUAUCUAGCAAAUAACCAAAUCACAGAUCUUCCGGAGUCAUUAAGGUUCUGCAAAAAGCUCGAUGGUGCUAGUCUGAGAGGGAAUCUGCUGUCCAGAAUACCCAGCGUGCUCUUUGAAUUGCGGAAGCUCAAGACACUGCACCUCAGUCGGAAUGCAAUAACAGAAGUCCCAGAGAUUAUCUGCAAUCUUCAAGCGCUGAAGAUACUCGAUCUGCGUCACAACAAGAUAACGAGGCUUCCAGAGAAUAUAGGGAGGUUACAGGCGCUGAAAUUGCUCGACUGCAGCUACAACAGCCUGGUCGAGCUUCCAAGUAGUAUCGGAGACUUGAGGAAUCUAGAGCAGGCUUUCUUUGAACAUAACGUACUAGAGGCGCUUCCCAAGGAAAUGGGACAGCUGAGCAAUCUACGAGAAGUCAAUUUCUCGAAUAAUAACCUGAAAUUUAUUCCCAUGCAGAUUGGGAUGCAAGCGAUGACGCUGUCGGCUACUUUUGGCGGAAACCCGUUCCCCACCGCCCAAUAUCUGCGCCGGUCUUCUCAGGAGAAGCCGCCAAUGUCUGCUAUCUCACUAAGGGACGCUGCAUACCGACAGAUACUCACACACUACAGAGACACUCAAGUCAUUAAGUUAUUGCCACCAUAUCUAGGCUCCAGAUCCCGGAUGCCUUGUGACGUCUGCCGGGCUCCAGCCUUUCAAGAUACGAACAAAUCCUUACUGGUGGGUAUUGGAGUAGACCGCAUAGUACUGCCGUGCCAGUUCGUGGUGUGCUCAGAUGUGUGUGCGCUCCGAGCAAAGUCUAGAUCGCUGGCGGUUAUCACUCCAGAGUCACCGUUGUAGUCUACUGGUGCCUGUUUACUAUUGGAUCUUAAGGGGAGAGUGGUACAGGACAUAUAAGCGGUUUAAUUCGUAGUAUUGUAGGGAUGACAUUCCGAUUUUCUUACGUGGGAAGUGUGCUCGCCUUUCGCAGUUUGCAACGAUCUGUAGGCGUGGUUUAAUUUCUGGGUUCCUAUGGAGAAUGUGGAACUUAAACUUGCGAGGCUGCUUUUCUGUAGUAUA